UGAAACUGAGUUUUGUGUAAUUUGUGUUUUGCGAACUUUCUUGUCUUGAGUGUUCUGUGUUCCUUAUAACCAUAACCUUAAAUGAGUUCAAAUUAAAAUGUCAUCAAAAAAUUUAAAUAUGUGUUUCAUUUUUAUCUGAUUUUGUUGAAAAUCAACAUUUUAUUUUUGUUAAAUGUUUUGUAAAUUAACCUAGAUAAUUUUAUAUAAAAUAUGUUUAAAUUACUUCAACAAAGUAUACAAAAUAAGUUGUUUUACAACAAUAAAUUACUUUUCUCAAGAUUGGCGACUAAAAAUAGAAGUUUUAAUAAUUAUGUAGUGGAUGGUUUUAAAUCAAGUGGUUCCAAGAAAUCAAUUUUUAAUACAAAAACUUUGAAGUUAACUCUUACAAGUGGAUUAUUAGUCAAAUUAUAUAUUUCUCGAAAUGUCGUACUUUGUGAAGCCGGUAAAACCAGACUAAAAGGAUAUGAACAUUCUCAGAAAAAUAUCAAAUUUGAUUGGGCCCGUUUAUGGAAUUACUUGAGACCUAAUAUUUGGUAUUUUUUAGCUGCUGUUGUGGGAGCUUUGAUUGUAGCAUUGCUAAAUAUUGAAAUUCCUCAAGUAUUGGGUGGAGUUAUAAAUGUACUAGUACAAUUUAGUGAGACCAAAGACAGUAGUACAUUUAUUUCUGAAAUGAAAGAACCUGCUUUUAAAUUGGUGGCUAUGUAUGUGGCACAGAGUGUUUGUACAUUUUUCUACAUCUUUAUGCUUUCCAAUUUAGGAGAAAAAAUGGCAUACAACAUGAGAACAGACUUAUUUGCUUCAAUAAUUAAACAAGAUAUAGCAUUUUUUGAUCAGCAAAGGACAGGUGAAAUCAUAAACCGGUUAACAUCGGAUGUACAAGACUUCAAAAGUAGCUUUAAACAGACUGUGUCUGGGGGUUUAAGAGCCUCAACACAAAUCGUUGGUUGUACAAUUUCCUUAAUUAUGAUAUCACCACAAAUGACUUUUGUGUCUUUAUUAUGUAUACCAUCAAUAAUUGCUGUAGGAACAAUUGUUGGUUCUCUACUAAGGUCGAUAUCAAGAAAGGCCCAAGCUCAGGUAGAAAAAACCACUGCUGUAGCUGAUGAAGCAAUUGGUAACAUCAGAACUGUCAGAGCAUUUGCUAUGGAAGACCAAGAAAUGGAAUUAUUUAAUAAUGAAGCUGAAUUAGCAAUGUCGUUCAAUGAAAAUUUGGGUAUGGGAAUAGGUUUGUUUCAAGCUGGAACUAAUAUGUUUAUAAAUAGUAUGGUUUUAUCAACAUUAUAUAUGGGUGGUUAUUUAUUAUCUACAAAUCAAUUAUCGGCAGGAGAAGUUAUGGCUUAUUUAAUGGCUUCUCAGACAAUACAACGCUCUCUAGCCCAGAUAUCGUUACUGUUUGGUUCAGUAGUUAGAGGAUUAUCUGCGGGGUCAAGGAUUUUUGAGUUUAUUAAUGAGGUACCAACAAUGUCCCUUGUAGGGGGAACAAUAUUACCAUAUGAUUCAGUAAGAGGAGAUAUUGAAUUUAAGAAUGUUUAUUUUGCGUAUCCAACUAGGAUUCAACAGACCAUUUUGCAAGAUUUUAAUCUUAGAGUACCAGCGGGAAAAACGGUUGCUAUAGUAGGAGCGUCUGGCAACGGCAAGUCCACUGUUGUAGCUUUAUUGGAAAGAUUUUAUGAUGUUAAAGAUGGUACCAUAACAAUAGAUGGUCAUGAUAUUAAAUCUCUUGAUCCAUCUUGGUUAAGAGGACACAUUUUGGGUUUAAUUAGUCAGGAACCGGUCCUGUUUGGAACAUCUAUUAUGGAAAAUAUUCGUUAUGGUAAACCGGAUGCUACAGAUGAGGAGGUAAAGCAAGCAGCAUCGUUAGCAAAUGCUGACGAUUUUAUUAAUAAUUUUCCAAUGGGAUACAAUACACAUGUUGGUGAAAGAGGAGUUACCUUAUCUGGAGGUCAAAAACAGAGAAUUGCGAUUGCAAGAGCCCUUUUAAAGAAUCCAGUCGUUUUGUUAUUGGAUGAAGCAACUAGUGCUUUGGAUACUGAAUCGGAAAAAAUUGUUCAAGCUGCCUUAGAGCGUGCAAGAAAAGGAAGAACCGUCAUUGUUAUUGCUCAUAGACUCUCAACUAUACAGAAUGCUGAUUUAAUAGUGGUUUUAAAUAAAGGAAAAAUUGUAGAGAUGGGAACACAUGAAUCAUUAAAGAAAUUAGGAGGAUACUAUUGGUCAUUAGUGUAUCAACAACAGGGUAGCCCAGCAGGAGAAAUAUUUAACAUCAAAACACCCUUAGAGUUUUUAAGUGCCAUUAGACGAAUGACAAAACAUUGA